UUCCAUGGCGGGUUUUACACAACAACGUAUUUUUCGGUCUAUGGCAAGGGGUGCUGUCACACGGCCGACGCUCCUGCUCCUUUUUUCACACAUGCUGUUGUUGCAAUCACGUGGGGUGUGCAUGCUCGGUCUGCUGGGUAGAAGUGCUUGAGCAGAGUCUGGAAUGGACCGGUUGUACUGGCGAUUUUACUGGCAGGCCGAAGCUCGUUUUUUUGCUGCUAUCGGCCUAAUAUCCGACAUCAAUAUCUGAUCGGGACACCCCUGUGCAAUACAGAUUUCUAAAUCAGUUAAGCUGUAAUUGUUGUCGUUAUGGAUUGUCCCAAAAUGAUGUGUAUUUAUGUGUUGCUUAGAUUGGCUCCGCCUGCAGAGCCACAUCCUAAUCCUGGUGUGUUGUCAUCCCUUUGUAUGUCUUCUGUCCAGACUGUGAAUCAGUCAGGCUGUGAGCAGCUGAACUUUCAUCAUUCAUUCCUUGUUGAGUUAUUCUAGUCAUCAGCCAGUGUUUGUUCAAGGUGCAGGCCUGUGUUUUAUUGUGCACCUUGGCUCUUAUACGUCACCUGUGUGAUAUACUGGUUUACUGUACUGGUCAGCUUUGUGUUUGUGUUUUGUGUCUUAAUGGGUAGACUCUGCUCUGUGCUGCGUAUGAAGCGCUAAAAAGAAAUAAGUUGUUUUGGCUCAUAAAACAUUGAUUUAAUAUAAGAAAAUAGGGCUUUAAAUAUUUGUGUGUGUGUGUCUGAAAAGUAACCUUACCCUGUGAGUGCACAGGUGAUCCCAUGCUGAAUAUAGGACCCCCGCCCCUUAUUGCCAGCUGGCGAGGCUAUUUAAAACGUUGGGGGUGUGGGGUAUGCAUGGGGGCAAUUUACCGUCAGCAGUCAUCACGACCCAGAGACUGUCUGUGGGGAAUGCCUUUUUCAACAAGGCCAAGAAGCAUAGGCUUUACAACUUGAUGUCUUACCUCGUGAGCUUUAGCACCACACUCCUGCUUUCAAGAAAAAAAACUCAGCAAAUAUAACAAGUUAGCAACCAAUGUCUGGAUUCAGCAGUGUCAGGGGUGUCAAGUCAACCAAAUGUAUUAGUGAGAACAAGUUGUUUUGAGAUGUGUGUUUAAUGACAGCGAUGUGAUUGUGGUCUGCCGGCAGUGUUAGUAUGUAAGUGGCUGCCUGCCUCUGCCUGUAACAGUGAAUGAAUGGCAACAGCUGAGCGGGAGAACUUUAUCGGCAACACUCCCUGCCUUUGUGUGUACAUGUGCGUGACUGUGCAUGGGUGUGUGUGUACGUGCACGCCUGAGAUACAGGAGGAGCUGCAACCAGAGCAAGCAGAGUCUCACUUGGCUCUGCUCUGCUCAUUGCUGUUCUCUCUUCCUCUGCCACUGGCCUCUCUUGAGCUUCCUCUUGGUGCUUUACUUGUUUUCGCCGUCCACGGCUCGCCCUGUGGAUUUCUCUCCACGUCCCUCUGUGGGAAGAUUCACAGAGCAGCGCUGUCGUGACUCGCUGGCCGCCGCUGCAGAGAAAAGACGCUGAGACAGACCAAUCGAUUAUACUGGUACAGAAGAGAGACGCAUUGAAAGAGGAGAGGCAGCCUUCCUCCCUUUUCAUUUUGAGAGGACACUACCUUGGCUAGCUUUGGACCUCCUAUAGAGCAUUUGGCUCACGUUCUCCCCCAGGAAAGCGACAACUGAUUACUGUACAACUGGGACGGUUUUGUCGAAUCAAGGACGAGGAGGGUGGCCUUUUGAAUGAGUUCAAUGUUUACUACUACUACGAACUAACUAAUUCUUAUUCAGUGAUUAUGCUGGACACCAACCAUUGCCUGUCCUUUGAACACUCCUCAUUGGGCUCUCCUCCAAUGGGAGAUGACAUGGAGAAGGCAGGAGUCAGGAUGGAUCAUGAUAGACAUGUCUAUCACAGCCUGAAAGAAGUCCUUCAGCUCAAACUCCAACAGAGACGCACACGAGAGGAACUGGUCAGCCAAGGGAUCAUGCCACCACUGAAGAGCCCAGCAGCCUUUCAUGAACAGCGGCGGAGUUUGGAGCGAGCCAGAACUGAAGACUAUCUUAAGAGGAAGAUCCGGAGUCGACCGGAGCGGUCUGAGCUGGUCAGGAUGCACAUUCUGGAGGAGACGUCGGCAGAACCGUCCUUGCAGGCCAAGCAGCUCCAGCUAAAGCGAGCUCGCCUGGCUGACGACCUCAACGACAAGAUCUCACACAGGCCAGGUCCCAUCGAACUGGUGCACAAGAACAUCCUGUCUGUCAACUGUCCUGAGCAUUCGCCACCGGAUUCUCCAAAGGGAGCGGGAGGAGAGAGCUCAUCUUUGGAUGAAGACAGCAGUGAUGCGCUGUCACCCGACCAGCUAACCAAUCACGACUCUCCUCUGAGCGCUGUCCCGCAGCCUUCCCCCUUUGACAGGUUCAUCCAAAAUGGAGACGUGUCCCCCACGCAGUUUGUUGCACAGCCCGCUCCACAUCCUCUUCCCUCUCCCAAGGUGAAUGGAUCAGACUCACCCCCACCUCUAAAAAUGACAAAUGGGACAACAGGGACCACAGUAACCCCCCGUACACCCUUUGGCCAGUUCAAGUCUCACUCAAAGACGAGUUCAGACCGCCCUCCACUUAGAUCAAAGAAAGCAAAAGACAGCAAACCCAAGGUGAAGAAGCUGAAGUACCACCAGUACAUCCCUCCGGACCAGAAGGCGGACAAGGAGCGUCCGCCUCAGAUGGACUCGUCCUACGCCAAGCUCCUCCAGCAGCAGCAGCUCUUCUUGCAGCUGCAGAUUCUCAACCAGCAACAGCAGCACUACAACUACCACACCAUCCUGCCCGCCCCGCCAAAGCCAGCACCGGAGCAGCCCCUCACAACAAACCCCGGCCCGUCCCCCUCUCGCAAUGUUCCCACGACCACCACCACUGCAACAAUGACGAGUGGAACUGCACGUCAGGGUCAAGCAUCAGUGGGAGGAGCCAAACCAGCCACUUUGCCUGCCAACUUGGAUGAGUUAAAAGUGGCUGAGUUGAAGCAGGAACUGAAAUUGCGCUGUUUGACCGUUUCCGGCACCAAGAACGAUCUCAUCGAGAGGCUUCGCAACUACCAACAACAAAAUGACGCCGCUGCAACCGCUAUGAAAAAUGGUGUAUCACAGCCCAUCCAUCAGAGCGCAGCCUCUAUUGCUAACACGCCCGCAUCCGCUCCAAACACCAUCGCUGACCCCCAGCAGGCUGAAGGAGGGUUUAAGGUCGCUCUGUCCCCGCUGGCUCAGGCUUUUCCGGGUCGAGUCAUGCGUUUUGGUAGCACCAGCUCUAGCCCGCCUGUGUCGCCUACGCCAUCAGAGCGGUCGUUAGCGGGGAUGAGUCCAGAUGAAACCAGCUGCAAUGGGGACAUGUUUGGAGAAAUGGUGAGUUCUCCUCUGACUCAACUCACCCUCCAUCCCUCUCCUCAACACCCAUCCAACGGAUCUCCUCGUUCACAACCAGUCAUCCAGAUCAAAGAAGAAAAUCAGAGUCCAUGCAGCUUCCGCAUGCCUUCAGAGUCUCACACGGGGGUCACUGUGGACACGUCCUCUUUGGACAAAGACCAGAUGCUCCAUGAGAAGGACAAACAGAUCGAGGAGUUGACGCGGAUGCUGAGACAGAAGCAGAGGCUGGUGGAGACCCUCAGGUCCCAGCUUGAGCAGGGAAAGAUGGCAGGUGGCAUUGCCUCGGAGCGAGAAGGAAGUACAGAUGCUAAACCUCCAACACUCAUUAAAGCCUCAGCCAUUCAACCCCCUGUGCUCCCCAAUGGCCUCCUGGUGAAGGUGAAGCAAGAGGAGGAGAUUGAGGAAGGCAUGACAGGAAUAAUGGAGGAGGCCCAAACUAAAAAAGAGGGUCAACCAAUGCAGUGCUCGCAGGAGACGCUGCUCAGACUGCAGCAGAUUAAUCGGCUGCAAAUCCAACAAACCGAGAAACAGACACACAAAGGGUCAGAGCCCAAGCCAGACCCUCAAAAACUGCCAGAGCAGAAAAAGGUAUCUCAAAUCCUGCUCCAACAGCAGCAGCAACUGCAGCAGCUCAUCAUCCAACAAACCAAGCAGAAGCAGCUCCAGGCCCAGCAAAGGCUCACGCAGCAGAAACUCGCCCAACAGAAGCAGCAGCUGUUGCAGCAAGCUCAAGGGAAGAAGAACCAAACCCAACAGAAGAGUCCGGUUCAGCUGAAGCAUGUUCAGGUGCAGAUCCAUAACCAGGCGGUGGCCAGCCAGAGGCCUGUAGCCAACCAAAGUCAACAGAAGAAGCAGCUGAAGGCUCAAAGGCAGCAGCAGAAACAGCAGACGCCGUCUGUCGGCACACAGCAGGUGGCGCCUGUCUUCAUCAACCAACAGAACGGUACUCAGAUUCACACUCAGGCUAUUUCCCUAGACCUCCUUAAGGCCAGUGGCACACCAACACUGGUGACCGACACCAAUGGCAACCACUACUUGAUCGCCCUCACCAGUCACACCACAGAUGACCAAAACCGAACGCCCUCGCUGCCCAAAACCAACGGACGCAUCACGCUGCAGAGGUUGCAGUCGACGCCGAGCAAGCUCCCCAGCGCUGAGAGCCAAUCACAAGAGCAGAAAGACAGCGAGCAUGUGAGCCAGUCAAUCAAAAAGAAAGCAGACCUCCACGUGGACACCAAAGACGUCCCACCAGUAGGCUUGUCCGUCACCGCCCCCCCCAAUCUGCAGCCUUUCUUCAACGACUUGUCAGAGAGCGAAAGCCAAAGCAACCUAAUCUCGUCCUUCAAGAGCGAGCGAGUGUGUCCGCCUUACGACCGACACACUCUGUUUACUCCUCCCUCUCCCAAACCCAACACUUCUCUUCCCACCAAGCGCUCCAAAGGGAAUGGUGUGAACAGUCAGCAGAUGGACGACCUCUUUGACAUCCUGCUCAAGAGUGGAGAAAUCCCAGGCUUUAAGGCCAACCCAGACCCGUCCCUCACCCCUCUGCAAUCCGACCCGCCCUCCCCAUCAUCCCCUCUCCACCUCUCCCCUCCCACCCCUGCAGAGGCCCUGGUCUCCCCUCAACACCCCCUGGUGGAGCCCUGCUCAGGUGGUGGCGGGCGCCUGGAGGACUUCCUGGAGAGCACCACGGGAGCACCGCUGCUCGGUGUGGAGCCGGGCGGUGGGCUGACGCUCAUCGACGACCUCCACAGCCAAAUGCUGAGCACCGCCAGCAUCCUCGACCACCCUCCCUCCCCCAUGGACACGUCAGACCUGGGCUUCUCCCCUCACUCCAGCGGGUUGGGCUUCGGGGACCCCACUCUGGAAUGCAUGGACUGGCUGGACAUCUCCAUGGUGGGGAGCUCGAACGGCGGGACUAGCGGUGCGGCAGUAGGAGCCAAGGAGGGAGACGGGGGCACAAGCCUGGCCCCGCUGGCACCACAUACGCCGCCGAGCGUCUUUUCUGCUGACUUCCUGGACAGCACAGACCUGCAGCUGCACUGGGAGUCAUGUCUGUAGCAUGGAAGUCAGGCCGGUUCAUACCUUCUCCAUGCUGUCUAUCACUGUUGGCUCUCUGGCACAUGCACACACAGCUCUUUCCUUACUAUUGCUUUAUGCACUGUAAGGUGGAUUCAUGGCAGAUUGUACUUAACCUGCACACACACCUCAUUACACAUCAGAACUUGAUCAGUGUGUGUGUGUGUGUGUGUGUGUCAGUGCCUCCUAAACUUUGCACUUAUGCUUCAUCUGAUUGGUUUAAAGGGGACUUUCAGGUCAGCAGCCCAUAUUGCCACCUUUGUGUUGUAUGACUGAUCAGCUGAGGCGUGGAAAAAAAAGGCAGCUGCUAUUGGCCUCCUCCUUUCACAAUGGCAACCUGAUGCGCCAUCAACACUAGUCAAAAAAAAAAACAAAA